GAAAGCACAAAACAACAGAGACAUGCAAUUUAUGAAGGGUUUCUCUUUAGAAACAUAAUAGGAUUUUAGCAUUCUAUGAUCUGAAACCAAAUCCUAUCGCGUGUGAAUGAAAAAGAAAAAUAAAUGCCACCUACUAUAUCAUUGGCGCACCAUUGUAUUAAUUCAAGUGACACCAUCAACUAAAGAUACUAAUUUCUAUAAUUUGAAGGAUAAUUAAAUUCCUUCUUUGCUUCCUAACAAAUAAAAUGCUUUACAUCAUGAAUGGAAUAACUGAAUCAUCUUGAUACAAGAUUGCAGACAUUUACAUCUUUUGAGUCCUAACUUCGUUUAGUUUUUUAAAAUUUUGUUUUAUUAUUUAUUUAUAUAAUAAUAUUGAUUCUUUUGAAGUAAUACAAACUGAAAAUUCCAUUCCAUCAAAUAAUUAUACUCCGUUUGGCUUCACUCCAGCACAGCUGAACAUAGGCUAAGCAAAGAGUGAAGUGCUACGCGGGAGUUGAUUGGAGUGGGGGAAAACUGUUUCUCUGUUGGAAGUUCCGUCAUGGCCCCUCGAAUCCUUCUAUGCGGCGACGUUUUAGGCCGUCUCAACCAGCUCUACAAGCGUGUCUCAUCGGUGAACAAAUCUGCAGGUCCUUUCGACGCGCUAUUCUGCGUGGGUCAGUUCUUCCCGGACUCGCCGGAGCUGGUGGACGAGUUGACGGCGUACAUCCAAGGUGGCUCCCUUAUUCCCCUCCCUACUUACUUCAUCGGCGACUACGGCGUCGCCGCCCCUAAAAUUUUGUCGCAAGCUUCCAAGGACUCUUCCAAUCGUGGUUUCAAGAUGGACGGCUUCAAGAUUUGCGAUAACUUGUAUUGGUUGAAAGGCGGUGGCAAAUUCACUCUCUUCGGAUUAACCGUGGUCUAUUUAUCUGGGAGGAAAUUAUCCAGUGUUCAACAGUUUGGAAGUUACACUCAAGACGAUGUAGAUGCAUUGCGAGCAAUUGCUGAGGAACCUGGAAUUGUUGAUUUGUUCUUGACUAAUGAAUGGCCAACUGGGCUCACCAAUAGAGCAGCUGCUUCAGACAUUCCUGCUGGACUCUCGGAUUCCACAGGCAGUGAUUCGAUUGUAUCAGAGUUAGUACAAGAGAUCAAACCACGUUAUCAUAUUGCAGGAACUAAAGGCAUAUACUAUGCCCGUGAACCAUAUUCCAAUGUUGAUGCUGUGCAUGUCACUCGUUUCAUAGGGCUUGCAUCUGUUGGAAAUAAAGAUAAGCAGAAAUUUAUUCAUGCACUUUCCCCUACACCUGCAUCCACUAUGUCUUCAACUGAGAUUGGCAUGAAAACCACAAAUACCACCUUAUCGCCAUACACCUUUGUGGAGAAAAGAACUUCUCCAAAGGAUGCCACAAAGAGAUCAAGUGAUUCUGUCUCUGAUUCUCAGUAUUGGAGAUAUGAUGUUUCUCAAAAGCGACAGAAACAUGAAGGUGGAGAUGGUGAUAAGAUGUGUUUCAAAUUUGUAUCUUCUGGCUCUUGUCCACGGGGAGAGAAGUGCUAUUUUCGACAUGAUAUAGAUGCAAGGGAACAGUAUAUGAGAGGUGUUUGUUUUGACUUUUUGAACAAGGGAAAAUGUGAAAGGGGUCCAGAUUGCAAUUUUAAGCACAGCUUGCAGGAUGAAGGUGACAGGCAUCUUUCCAGGAGACCUGGAUCUGAAAAUACUAGAUCAAAAGAAUGCUGGUUUUGCUUGUCAAGCCCGAAUGUGGAGUCGCAUUUAAUCGUAAGCAUUGGGGAAAAUUACUACUUGGCUCUGGCUAAAGGUCCACUUGUUGAUGACCAUGUACUGAUAAUACCAGUUGAGCAUAUGCCCAAUACAUUAUCUCUGUCUUCGGAAUCUGAAAUUGAGCUCUUUAAGUUUCAAAACAGUCUCAAGAGGUACUGCAGGAACAAUGAGAAGGAAGUCAUCUUUUUUGAGUGGGCUUCCAUACGUGGCACCCAUGCCAAUCUUCAGGCCAUUCCCAUUCCAUCUUCCAAAGCAGUUAUUGUUGAAAAAGUUUUCAAUUUAGCUGCACAAAAGUUGGGAUUUAAAUUUGUGGCUAAGAGAUGCACAAAUGGAUGGCAAUUCAAGCUUGUUCUAUGCUGAAGUCCCUGGAGGCACAAUUCUGCUGCAUCACGUUGAAGAGAAAGAGAGAUUUCCAGCGCAAUUUGGACGCGAGGUUCUGGCGGGGUUACUUAAUAUGGCAGAUAAUGCAGAUUGGAGGAAUCACAAACAUAACAAAGAUGAGGAAAUGAAAAUUGUUGAGGAUUUCAAGAGCCGAUUUCAAGAAUAUGAUCCUAAUUGUUGAUUGUUCAUACAUUGAAUUUUCAAUUUACAGCAAUGCCAUCACUAGUAUGGUUAUUCUUCGCGCAUAUGGUUAUUUAUCCUGUUACUUGAAGUGCUGAAUCCAAAACUAAAAGGAGACUUGGUAGUCCUGCAGAAUUUCUAUUGGUAACAUUUUUUAUCACCAGUUCCUGUGGCGAAGAAUCUAUUUUAGCACUCAGGCUAUAUGCAUCAGUCAACAAGCAGCUUCUGAAUUCAAGUUUUGAAACAGGCUGGUUUUUCACCUGCUUUAUAUACGUAAUUGAGAAGGUAUUCGUAUUUAUUUCUAGAGGCAGGAUGGGAGGUUGAGGGUGAGGGGAGUUUGUUUCAACUUUCAGCUAGUCAAUCAGUAUCCUUUUGUUCAAUGUUGAGAUCUUACAAGAUUUAUACUUACAUUCUCCUAGAGUUUAAGUUUGUAUAGUUUGUGUAUAAUUUGGGAAUUCAACUCCGUAGACGCUAGUGGUUUUGGUAUUUUGACCUUUGUUUUUUGGUUGUUCUUAAAUUACUGUGCCUCUUUUACUUGUAUUUUUCUGGUCGUAUGUUAUAAUCUGAGGACAAUGACUUACUGCAUUUUCAACCUGCUGCUACCUAAUUGUAAACCUUUGCUGUAUUGAUGUCAUUAAUUAAAUGUUAACCCACACUGGCCCUGGAGGAUCAUAUUCAGCCACUUCACUCAGCUUCUGUGGACCAACUAAUUCAUAUGAUUGGACUCGAGAUCCCUGUCUGCUGAAGACCCAAUUUUUUUAGGUGUUAGGCUUUGUUGGAAGUGUGGACCCAAAAUAAGGGACCUAACAAAGCUACCAUAGGAAAGAUCAGAAAGGUUUUUAUUUAAUAUAUUUGAACGGAGGUUGCUAUGC